AUUUUUUGAUUUUAUUAUUAUUAUUAUCAUUUAUGUAGACUGCACACGAGUCAGAGGUGAAUACGGUUGCGAUGUCGAACGGAGGAUCGAUGUUUGCGACGGGAUCGAAUGAUAAGAAGAUCAAGAUCUGGGACAUCAAGACUGGAUCGCUCAAAUCGACGUUGACAGGGUGUUUACAGGCUGUGAUGUGUGUGUCGUUCAAUGCGUCCGAUGAGCUGUUACUUGGAGCAUCGAAUGAUAAUGCAGCACGACUGUGGCAUUUGGGUACUGGACGACCUAGACAUACGUUGACGGGACAUAUUGGAAAGGUGUUUUCGGCACGGUUCAACCCGGACUCGAGCAAGGUUGUUUCUGGAAGUCAUGAUCGAACGAUUAAAGUGUGGGACCUUCAAAAGGGAUACUGUAUUCGUACGAUGUUUACGUUUGCGAGCGUGAACGAUGUAUGCCUUUUGGACUUUGAUGGGGCAACAAUCGCAAGUGGACAUUUGGACAACAACUUGCGGUUCUGGGACGCGAGAUCGGGUAACUGUGUGAAGGAAGUGACUGGGAUUCAUCUGGGCCAGAUCACGUCCGUGUGUCCGUCCUCGGAUGGGACACAGAUUUUGACGAACUCGAGGGAUAACACGUUGAGGAUUUUGGACGUGAGAACCUAUGAGACCUUAUCGGUGCUCCAUGCGGAUGGUUACAAGACUGGAACGAAUUGGACGAAGGCUUGCUUCAGUCCCGAUGGUCAGUAUGUGGUGUCUGGAUCUGCGGAUGGAACGCUGUACUAUUGGUCGACACGCGAUGGUGCGGUGGAGAAGACGACGAAGGAACAGAAUGGACCGAUUGUUGGAGUCGCGUGGGCGAACAGCUCAGUCGUGAGUGCUGAGAAGGACAAGACGGUCGUCAUCUGGGGAACCACAGCACGCCGUCCUACUGUCUAUGAAAAGUAAUUUCUCCUUCCCCCUCUUCAUUUCGACGCCCUAAUAAAAUUAAUUAAAUUGAAAAAUACCUAUUUUGAAUGAAUGAUCAAUUGGAUUCUGGGCCGCGGAGGAAUUCAUG